CUCUGUGUAUCAUCUUAUGCAUGACCCUCACAUCAGCGCUGGUUUCUCUCCCUUUCUAUCCUCCGCUGGGGCAGAGCGCAGACAUGUCUCAUCGCAAAUUUCAUGCCCCUCGCCACGGGCACAUGGGGUUUCUGCCCUGCAAGCGUAGCAAGAAGCACAGGGGGAGGAUCCGGACGUGGCCCAAAGACGACCCCGGCCACCCAGUCCACCUCACCGCCUUCCUGGGAUACAAGGCCGGGAUGACCCACACCCUGAGGGAGGUGCACCGAACCGGGCUCAAGCAAUCGAAGCGGGAAGAGGUUGAGGCGGUCACCAUCAUCGACACGCCACCUGUCAUUGUGGUGGGUAUUGUGGGAUACGUUAAAACCGUCCGUGGUUUGCGUUCCCUGAAAACCAUCUUUGCCGAGCAUCUCAGUGACGAGUGCAAACGCAGAUUUUACAAAAACUGGUACAAGAGCAAGAAAAAGGCUUUCACCAAGUACAGCAAGAAGUGGCAGGAUGAGACCGGAAAGAAACAGCUGGACAAGGAUUUUCAUCUGAUGAAGAAAUACUGUUCAGUCAUCAGGGUUCUCGUUCACUCUCAGAUGCGAUUUUUGCCCAUAAAGCAGAAAAAAGCUCACAUCAUGGAGGUGCAGCUGAAUGGGGGCAGCGUGUCGGAUAAGGUGGACUGGGCGAAGGAGCACCUGGAGCAGGCUGUUCCUGUUUCUGCCGUCUUCUACCAGGACGAGAUGAUCGACGUCAUCGGGGUCAGCAAGGGUCACGGCUUCAAAGGUGUGACAAGCCGCUGGCACACAAAGAAACUGCCCAGGAAGACUCACAAGGGUCUGAGGAAGGUGGCCUGUAUCGGAGCCUGGCAUCCCGCCCGGGUAGGCUUCACCAUAGCUCGGGCCGGUCAGAAAGGCUACCACCACCGCACUGAGGUCAACAAGAAGAUCUACCGGAUCGGUCGAGGCGUUCACAUCCAGGACGGAAAGGUGGUCCGGAACAACGCCUCCACUAACUACGACAUCACCCAGAAGAGCAUCACUCCCAUGGGAGGUUUUCCUCGCUAUGGUGAAGUGAAUAACGACUUUGUUAUGGUGAAAGGCUGCGUUGUCGGAUCUAAGAAGCGUGUUCUCACCCUCAGGAAGUCUUUGCUCACUCACACAUCACGCAAGUCCAAGGAGGCCAUUGAACUGAAGUUCAUCGACACCACCUCUAAAUUUGGCUACGGACGCUUCCAAACUGCCCAGGAGAAGAGGGCAUUUAUGGGGCCGCUGAAAAAAGAUGCCCAGAAGAUACUGCCAGAAGCCCAGCCAGAGGAGGCCUGAGGGAACGCAAAAUAUUCUUGUAAAAUAAUAAAACUGAGCUUCAAAUACA